CGGCUGUCAAUUGGCUGUUCGUGUCAAGAGCAAACAACGUGUUUUCGUCAUUCACAUUUAUUCAUUGUUCUGCUGUGCGAUUGGUGUGUUCUUGCCCCCGAUACAGAUUUCUUUCAUCAAAUUAUAAGUGAUUUUUUUGCCGGUUGCUUACAAUUUUCUCGUGAGAAUUUUUUAUCAACUUAAUAAAUAAAAAUGUAUCGUUUACCAAAUGUUUUGCGUUCGGCUGCUGCCCGUCAAUUGGCUGUUCGUUCAUAUGCCAAGGAUGUUCGUUUCGGUGCUGAAGUCCGUGCACUUAUGUUGCAAGGAGUUGACGUUUUGGCUGAUGCUGUUGCCGUCACAAUGGGACCAAAAGGUCGUAAUGUGAUUUUGGAGCAAUCAUGGGGUUCACCAAAAAUCACAAAAGACGGUGUCACCGUUGCCAAAGGCAUUGAAUUAAAAGAUAAAUUCCAAAAUAUCGGCGCUAAAUUGGUGCAAGAUGUUGCAAACAAUACCAAUGAAGAGGCCGGUGAUGGAACCACAACUGCUACAGUUUUGGCUCGUGCCAUUGCAAAAGAAGGUUUCGAAAAGAUCUCAAAAGGAGCCAAUCCAAUUGAAAUUCGUCGUGGUGUCAUUUUGGCUGUGGAUGCCGUUAAAGAGAAUUUGAAAAAACUUUCGAAACCAGUCACAUCACCCGAGGAAAUUGCACAAGUAGCCACAAUUUCGGCCAACGGUGACAAAGCCAUCGGUGAUUUGAUUGGUGAAGCGAUGAAAAAAGUUGGCAAAGAUGGUGUGAUCACUGUUAAAGACGGCAAAACUUUGCACGAUGAAUUAGAAGUGAUUGAAGGAAUGAAAUUUGAUCGUGGUUACAUUUCACCAUACUUUAUCAAUUCAUCGAAAGGAGCCAAAUGCGAAUUCCAAGAUGCUUUGGUUUUGGUUUCGGAAAAGAAAAUCUCAUCGAUUCAAUCGAUUAUUCCAGCACUAGAAUUGGCAAAUGCACAACGUAAGCCAUUGGUCAUCAUUGCCGAAGAUGUAGACAGCGAAGCGCUCAGCACAUUGGUUGUGAACCGAUUGAAAAUUGGCCUUCAAGUGGUUGCAGUGAAAGCACCAGGCUUUGGUGACAAUCGUAAGAGCACAUUGCAAGACAUUGCCAUCAGCACUGGAGCACUUGUGUUCGGCGAUGAUGCCAAUUUGAUCAAAUUGGAAGAUGUGAAAGUUAGUGACUUGGGACAAAUCGGCGAAGUUGUUAUUACAAAAGAUGACACACUAUUGUUGCGCGGUAAAGGACAAAAAACCGAUAUCGAUCGUCGUGUUGAACAAAUUCGUGAUCAAAUCGAAGAAACCACAUCUGAAUAUGAAAAGGAAAAAUUGCAAGAGCGUUUGGCACGUUUGUCAUCGGGCGUUGCUGUUUUGAAAGUUGGAGGAUCAAGCGAAGUUGAGGUCAAUGAAAAGAAAGAUCGUGUUAACGAUGCUUUGUGCGCAACUCGUGCUGCUGUCGAAGAAGGUAUUGUUCCAGGCGGUGGUACCGCUUUGAUUCGUUCCAUUCCGGUUUUGGACGGCUUGAAGGGCAAAAAUGAAGAUCAAAAUACUGGUAUUGCAAUUGUGAAACGCGCUUUGCGUAUGCCAGCCAUGACCAUUGCCUCCAAUGCCGGCGUUGAUGGAGCUGUUGUCGUAGCCAAAAUCGAAACAUCACCACCAGAAAUCGGUUAUGAUGCCCUCAACAAUGAAUAUGUAAAUAUGGUUGAAAAAGGCAUCAUCGAUCCAACCAAAGUCGUUCGCACCGCAUUGACCGAUGCAUCUGGAGUUGCAUCACUUUUGACAACAGCAGAAUGUGUCGUCACCGAAAUUCCAAAAGAAGAACCAGCCGGUGGCGCCCCAGGAAUGGGAGGCAUGGGCGGUAUGGGUGGUAUGGGUGGUAUGGGAGGAAUGGGAGGAUUCUAAAUGUAGAAAAUGCUCACAUUUCAUCACAUCAUCACAACAUUUAUGAUUCAGCUAGCAGAUCAUCAACAGUGAGAACAGGAACCAUUACACUCCGUACAUACACAAACACACACAAAAAUACAAAAGCGAAAUUUCUGUUCAUUGUUAACGACACAAAUUAAUAAUAAUGUAAAAUUGUUAGAUACAAAACAAAAUGACUACAAAAGAAAGAAUGUUGUAGAGAUUAGUUUAUAAAACCAAUUUAAAAGAUGUAGAGUAUGCAAGAGAGACUUGCGUACGUUUUUAUUUGAAUAAUUCCGUUACGAAUUGUUAAGCAUUUAAAUAAGCCAAAAGAAAGUAAAUACACACACAGUGAGAGAGAACAAACAAUCGAUAACUGCAGUUCAGCUAUUAUUCGGAUUGCUUUGAGUUUAGUAGAAAUUUAAGAGAAAAUAAUAAAAUUUAAUUCAAAAAAUAAACAAUUCCACUUUUA